AGUUGACAUCUCAAAUAUAUUAAGUGUAUAAUCUAUGGUCUUUACAGCAAAAUAAAGAUAGCUCUUAAACCUAUUUGUCUUUUUUUAUAUCAAACUAUUACUUUAUUUUACCAUUAUAAUAAAAAUGGGAAAUCUGAAGAAAAAUUUAGAGAAACUAAAACACCCUAACAGUAGAAAAACUAUGACAUUAGCUAAGAAAUUGAAGAAAUCUGAGAAAAAGGAUCAAAGCAAACUCGGUACUCAUAUUAAGCAAAAUUUAAUCGGCGAAAAAAUCAUGUGGUUCAAAGAGAGAAUACCAGAGGAAUGCGAAGUUUUUGAUAAAGAACAGACACUGAAAUUAAUCGAAAGCUAUUUAAGUCGUUUCGAUGAAGAACUAGAACAGAUCGCAUUAAAAAAUUCAAUUGGGCAAAGGAAAAACCGUCAACACGCGAGUAGGGAAGACGUUAUAAAUAUGACGAGGAAAAAGGAACAGGACGAAUUUGAGACUUGCGGUAUAGAAAUACCGGAUUUAAUGGACCCACAACAAAUGAACGUGUUGAGGAAUUGGAAUGGUGAACUGAGAUUUCUUCAGCAUUUUAAGUUAAAAAGAUUCACUAAGAAAAUUUUGAUGUAGUUUCUUUAAGGUUCUAAUUCUUCUUCAGAAACACAGGUGUAAGAGAUUAGAGAAUUAGAGAAGAUUAGAGAAUCCAUUAUUAGAGUAAAAUAGUGUCAGCUACAACCUCGAAACAUAUUUUAGAGCUAUAUAAGCUAUAUUAAAAAAUAAAUAGAGCCUUUGUAGACGUUAACUAACAAACAACAAAUAUUGAAACAGCAUUGUUAUUGAACUGUAUAUUGUUAUUAUUAUACUUAAAAUGUUAGAUUAAAAUUUACACGCUUAAGUCUUAAAACAAAUAAAUUUUACUAUUUUGUUUUAUUUACAUACAGGCUUGAAAUUCCAACAAUCACCAUGUUGGUCUUGAUUUUUGACCUACUCAAUAACCUACUGCUUGAACAACACUGAUAUGGCCUUUAUGACGAAACCUUUUACAGUAUUCACAGUAUUUUACAGUAUUUUUUAAAAUUUUCAUAAUAAUAAUAAUAUUUCAUAAGUUUCAUAUAUUGGUUUUUUGUACUAAAAUAAGUCAUAAUUUGGCUGAAAUUAUCUAAGAGGUGCUGGUUUCACAUUAAAGAGUAUGUGGGUAUAGUGUGUAUGUGUCUGUCUGGUGCGUUUUUUAUUGCAUUAAUGGGUGGCUCAUGUUCACGGCCCACCUGAGGUUAAGUGGUUAUUGGACCCCAUAGACAUCUACAACGUAAAUGCUAUUAUACACCUUGAGACAUGAGUUCUAAGGUCUGUGUAGUUAAAACGGCUGACCCGCACUUCAAACCGAAAUGCAUUACUGCUUCAUGGCAGAAAUAGGCAAGGUGGUGGUACCUACUAGUGCGGACUCACAAGAGGUCCUGUCAUCAGUAAAAAACUAGGAUCUACUAAAAAUAUACAUAUAUAAUCAUGCACUUUAACAGUUAUAAAUAAAUGUACAUUAUAUUCGUAAAUAGAAUUGUUUGAGUUUAUUUUUGUUUGAUUAAUUAUAUUCAUUUUAUAUGUACAAAACAACACAUUUCGAUGAUUUACAAAUAAAUUUUGAAUAAGGAAAAGUCUAUUAAUUUGUGUAAAUGCAUUUAUUUAUGUUAUUUAUUACUUCAUGUGAACUGAUAAUUUUGUUAGUUUGUAGCCACUAGGCUUACCGCAUAUUAUGAAUAUUGAUAUCACUAAAACAUAAGUACUGUUAAAAAGAAAAUGUUUUUUAUACAAAUAAAACCACAAUAUACUAUAA